GCCUGAUGGAUUAAAGAGCUGCCGCUAGUUUUGUUUAAAGUUUUUAUAUUUAUACACAGAAUAUGGUAGUUUCCUUUCUUAGAUUGACAGCUGUAUUACAUUUGCUAAGACAGUCCAGUCUCUUAAGAGGGGGAGUGGGUCAACUUAUCGCUGCCUCGGCCUGACACAUGUUGUGAAUCUAACAACACAAUAGGAUCUAUUUCUGUAAAUGCACUAGGGUUAUCUCAGUACUUACCCUGAGCUAUUUCUCGUUCCCUUUCCCUCCCUCCCUCUCUUUAUCUAACACUCUAACCCACUUGCUCAAAAUCAUGGCGGACAGUAACAGCCGGGUCACUGUUAAGAGGAAAGAGAAGAAGGUAGAAAACAAAGCCAAGGAUGAGAAGGACAAAGAAAAGGAGAAGGGGAAGGGGAAGGAGAAAGUGGUGAAAAAGCCGGACAAACCUGUGAAACCAGUGAAAACUGUGAAAAAGGAAGAGACGACUCCUGAGCAGCCCAAGGCGGAGGAAGAGAAAACGAAUGGGGAAAGUGAAGGUGCAACGGGAGCUGGCGCUGAGGCAAACGUCAAUGAAGAAAAUGGAGAGUAUCAGCCCAUAGAACUGCCACCAUUUGAGAUUGUCACAGGGGAACAGAUGAGCCCCUUCUACUUCAAGUUUCAGUUCAGGAACGUUGAAUACUCCUCGGGGAGGAACAAGACCCUGCUGUGUUUCAGAGUGGAUACACCAGGAGGCAGCACAGAGCCUCUGAGAGGUUAUAUGGAGGAUGAACAUGCCACAGCGCAUGCUGAAGAGGCCUUCUUUCAACAGGUGCUCCCUGACCCUUCCCAAGAGUAUGAUGUCACAUGGUAUGUAUCAUCCAGUCCUUGUGUGGCUUGUACAGCUAAAUUGGCCAUCGUACUCCAGCAACGUAAGAAAGUCCAUCUCAGCAUGUUCAUCUCCCGUCUCUUUGAGUGGGAAGAGCCGGAGAUAGUGGAAGGGCUCCGAGCUCUGGCUAGUACCGGCUGCAAACUGAGGAUGAUGAAGCCGUCUGACUUUGUACAUCUCUGGGAAACGUAUGUGGAGAAGGAGGAAGAGAUCUUUGAACCCUGGGCGGAUUGUCAGGAGAACUAUGAAUAUUAUGUGGAGAAACUGGCCGAUAUCCUCAAGUAGAUGUGCACAUGAUGACAUCACCACUGAGUCACACUUGGACUUGCUAAACCCACACUGGUUGAAUGUGGGUUUUUUGCAGUUAUAUCAGAUUUCUUUGUUUGAAAGAACACUCACACUCACACUUGUAUUUUUUAUUUUGAUUAUUUCAUAGGAAGACAACAUUGCACACUUUAGAUAAAAAAAUAACACUCAUUGCUGUAAGCUUUGGAGAAGACUAACUUACAUUCACGUACCUAGUCAUAGUAUACAGUCUAUUUUUAACACAAAGUUACAUUAUUAUGCCUUAGUAUGACAUCCACGUUAGAAAGAUCUUUAAUGAUUUAUUUAAGUUCUCAUUGAAAUCAACUACAUAAAGCUGUGUGGGCUGCAGAAAUAAUAAUACAAUCAUUUAAAUAGGCAAACAAGUUCAUAGAGUACGUCUCAUCUGAAGCAAUUUGCACACAUUUUCCUUUACAAAGACCAAUUUAUGAGAAAAGGUGUGUCUGACAUGUCUAUUAUGCAUCAGGCCACAGAUGUUAGAAUUGAAAACGUACUUAAUUCUCCUUCAGUUAACACAUAUUUACAGUGAAUUGAAUAAUUGUCAGCAGUUAAACAUACACAUUAUGAUUGAUGCUUAUUACAUAAAUAAUUUUUUUUUUUGUAUUCCCUUUAACUGUUUAAUGAUGUGAAAUAAAAUGUGUAAAAUUCUAACGGUAUUGUGCAACCAAAGAAUUUUCUGUGCAGAAAAAAUGUGUACACAUCUCUAUGGCAAUGCCAGCCAGUAUAUUGGUCCAGGAUUCAUUAUUAUGCUGAAGGACCCCCACUCAUCGGCAAGAUAGGUGGGGGUCCGGUUGUGGAGGGCUUUGUAUGUGAGCAGGA